GACAGGAAGGUUGCAUUUGGCGACGUGGAAGUGACUAGUCGUCUGUUGUGAGGCUGUACACCAACCACACUGAUCCACAAACAUUCCGUAACAAUGAUAAAGAAAUUUGACAAGAAGGACGAAGAGUCUGGAAGUGGAUCUAACCCAUUCCAGCAUCUUGAAAAGAGUGCAGUAUUGCAAGAGGCUCGUAUCUUCAACGAGACUCCAAUCAACCCCAGAAGAUGUCUCCACAUCCUCACCAAGAUCAUUUACCUACUCAACCAGGGGGAGCACUUUGGAACUAUGGAGGCGACCGAGGCCUUCUUCGCAAUGACCAGGCUCUUCCAGUCCAAUGAUCAAACCCUGAGAAGGAUGUGCUACCUGACCAUCAAGGAGAUGGCCAACAUCUCUGAGGAUGUCAUCAUUGUCACCAGCAGCCUGACCAAGGACAUGACUGGCAAGGAGGAUGUGUACAGAGGACCUGCCAUCAGAGCUCUCUGCAGGAUCACGGAUACCACCAUGCUGCAGGCCAUUGAGAGAUACAUGAAACAGGCCAUCGUUGACAAAGUGCCCAGUGUGUCCAGCUCUGCCCUGGUCUCCUCUCUGCACAUGGUUAAGAUGAGCUACGACGUGGUGAAGCGCUGGGUGAACGAGGCACAGGAGGCAGCUUCCAGUGACAACAUCAUGGUCCAGUACCACGCUCUGGGCCUGCUGUACCACCUGCGGAAGAAUGACCGACUGGCCGUAUCCAAGAUGCUCAACAAGUUCACCAAGUCUGGCCUCAAGUCCCCCUUUGCCUACUGCAUGCUCAUCCGCAUCGCCAGCAAGCUGUUGGAGGAGACCGAGGCAGGACAUGACAGUCCCCUGUUUGACUUCAUUGAGAGCUGUCUGAGGAACAAGCAUGAGAUGGUGGUGUACGAGGCAGCCUCAGCCAUAGUCCACAUGCCCAACUGUACUGCCAGAGAGCUGGCCCCCGCUGUCUCUGUCCUGCAGCUGUUCUGCAGCUCUCCCAAAGCAGCCCUGAGAUACGCAGCCGUCAGGACCCUCAACAAGGUGGCAAUGAAGCACCCGUCGGCCGUGACGGCGUGCAACCUGGACCUGGAGAACCUGAUCACAGACUCGAACCGCAGCAUCGCCACGCUGGCCAUCACCACGCUGCUGAAGACGGGCAGCGAGAGCAGUGUGGACCGCCUCAUGAAACAGAUCUCCUCCUUCGUCUCUGAGAUCUCUGACGAGUUCAAGGUGGUGGUUGUACAGGCCAUCAGUGCCCUGUGUCAGAAGUAUCCCAGAAAGCACAGCGUCAUGAUGAACUUCCUGUCCAACAUGCUCCGAGACGACGGUGGCUUUGAGUACAAGCGGGCCAUCGUGGACUGCAUCAUCAGCAUCAUCGAGGAGAACCCAGAGAGCAAGGAGACGGGGCUGGCCCACCUGUGUGAGUUCAUCGAGGACUGUGAGCACACGGUGCUGGCCACCAAGAUCCUCCACCUGCUGGGCAAGGAGGGCCCGCGCACGCCCUCGCCAUCCAAGUACAUCCGCUUCAUCUUCAACCGCGUGGUGCUGGAGAGUGAGGCCGUCAGAGCCGCUGCGGUCAGUGCUCUGGCUAAGUUUGGAGCCCAGAAUGAUGACCUUCUUCCCAGUGUGUUAGUCCUGAUGCAGAGGUGUAUGAUGGACAGUGACGACGAGGUGAGGGACAGAGCCACCUUCUACAUGAACGUGCUGCAGCAGAAGCAGAAAGCCCUCAACGCUGCCUACAUUUUCAACGGUCUGUCGGUGUCUGUCCCGGGUCUGGAGAAGUCCCUCCACCAGUACACCCUGGAGCCCACAGAGAAGCCCUUCGAUAUGAAGUCGGUUCCCCUGGCCAACACACCCAUCACAGAGCAGAAGACCGAAUUCGCUCCUGUGGCCACUAGCAAGCUUCCAGAGAAACCUGGCCCGACGCGCCAAGACAUCUACCAGGGUACAGUCACCUUACUUGAAACUAUCAUGGCAAGACAUGACGUUAUCACAAGGAAACAAAACAUUUGGUCUGAAUUUCUGGAGUAAAAGGACCCAGUCACA